CUUUCCCGCUGAGCCAGCACUUCAUAGCCUAUAUACUCUGUUUAAUCUUUACUGUUUCAGACUUAGUGGGGUCUCCCUCCCUGUUCUUCUUCCUCAUCUUGCUCAGUAGGGUUUGAAGAUCACAAACAGCCAAAAUGACUGAGGGAAAGAAAAUGACAUCCAGCCGCAGGCAUCAUUUGAAGAGUUUGAUGCUGCACAUCGCCGCCAACUGGAUCGAGCAGGAGAAGAAAGACAUCGCAGCAACAAAGGAGGCCUAUUUGGCUGAGAACUGCCCACCUCCUGACCUCAGCGGAGACAUGGCUGCCCUCACGGACGCCUGCAAGAAGCUCCACGCCGCCAUUGAUAAGGUCGACGAGUCGAGGUACGACACCGAGAUCAAAGUGCUGAAAGCCGACAAAGAGAUUGAGGAUCUGAAGCUGAAGGUGAUCGACCUGGCUGGAGUGAAGAAACCCGCCCUGAAGAAAGUGCGCAUGUCAGCAGACGCCAUGCUGCAGGCUCUGCUGGGCUCCAAACACAAGGUGACCAUGGACCUGAGGGCCAACCUGAAGCAGGUCAAGAAGGAGGUGAAAGAGGAGCCUGCAGACGUUGGCGACUGGCGUAAAAACAUCGAGGACAAAGCCGACAGGAAGAAGAUGUUCGAGAGCUCCUAAAAGCCUCCUGGAUCGGCGGAGAUGGCGGAGGGCGGCGGGGGCGUUUAAGAUUGAGGUCUGAGUGACUGAAGGUGUCUCUGGGUCUCGUCUGGACCCUCAGGGACAGUUUCUUGAUGAUUUUUUUGGCUGUUUUUGUGACACUGUCACCCCCGCACGUCAGAGAGACUGAACCAAAACAAAGUGAAAUUAACUUUGUCUGCAGUUAAAACAUCUGUCAGAGAAACAUCAGUUCAAAAUGUACAGCUUUUCAUGGAAUCGUUAGCAAUAAAAGUUUUGAAAUAAGGA